CACCUCUUUCCUUCUUCCUUCCACUGCGACCAAAAUCCUUCUCUUUACCAAAAUGUCCGGUGAAUCAGUGAUCAACAUUGACGAUGCUAAUACAGUCAUCACGUUGAACCCAGCAUCACAGCUCCCCACCAAGCUCACCGGCGACAACUUUCCCACCUGGCGGGCUCAGCUCUUCACGCUCCUCCGCGGCCUGGACCUCCUCAAGUUUCUCGACGGUUCUCAUCCCCAGCCCGCUGCCGAUGCCCCUGCUGCUCGCCGCCGCUGGUAUCAACAAGAUCAGCUCAUCCUUCAUUCCAUUCUCGCUUCGAUGGCUCCUGGGGUCUCUCCCUAUGUUUCUGCUGCGACCUCCUCUCACCAGGCUUGGACGAUAUUAGAGCGUAUGUUUGCUAAUCAGUCCCGCCAGCGCGUCAUGAACCUCAAGGAGAAGAUCGGGCGGGAACGUCAGGGCAAUCGCCCAGUUUCAGUUUAUCUCCAAGUGCAACGCUCCACCGCUGCCGAAUUGGCUCUCAUCAAUGCGCCCGUCUCCGACGAAGACCUGAUCCUUCAUAUUCUUCGUGGCCUUCGCGAGGAAUACGGCCACUUCUCUGCUGCUAUUCGUGCCCGUGACACCCCAAUUGCCGUCGAGGAUCUCCAUGAUCGUCUCGUCGACUUCGAGGCCGAUCUUGCCGCGGUUCGCCUCUCUUCCUCAUCUGCACCUACCACGGCUUUCUCCACAGCUCGCGGUCGCUAUGCUUCUCCCGGCCAGCGCUCUUCUCGUGGCUCUCCGUCCCCUCCCUAUGGCUUUGUCGACUCUCGCCGUUCGUCUAGCCCUCGCACGCCGCGCGUCUCCUCUCCCUCUCGUUCAGGCCAGUCUUAUUCCAGCAGCUCCUCUGGCCCAUCUCUCCUAGGUCGUCCCCAAGUUCAUUGCCAAUUCUGUGACAAGGCAGGUCACACAGCUAAGGAAUGCUUCCGCAUUCGUGGCCGUCCGCAAGUGCACCACACCGCUGCUGGCUCCUCUUCUGCUCCGGGCUGGUUAAUUGAUUCGGCUGCCACCAAUCAUGUCACCCCCGAUCUUGGUAGUCUCUCCUUAUACACUGAUUAUAAUGGCCCCGAUGAGGUGCUUAUCGGCGACGGAACAGGUCUGCACAUUACUCAUAUCGGCGACUCUUCUCUAUCUACUCCUGUGAUGCCUUUGUCUCUUCGUGAUGUGUUGUGUGUCCCUGCGAUCAAGCGUCAUUUACUAUCUGUUGCUCAGUUAUGCAAAGCUAAUCCGGUGUCUGUUGAAUUUUUCUCUGACUCUUUUGUUGUGAAGGAUCUAGCUACGGGUGCGCACCUGCUACGCUGCCUGAAUAAAGGAGAUGUUUAUGAGCUACCAGCCCCGUCGAGUCCUGUUCGCCUUGCCAUGACUGCAGCAGCCAAACCCUCCUCCGUCAACUGGCACAAGCGUUUGGGUCAUCCUCAUCUCAAACUGCUCUCUCGCGUGUUGCGCAAUCAUUCCCUUCCAGUCACGUCUGUGUCUCCCAGUUUGUCUUGUGAAUCUUGCUCUCUUCAUAAAAGUCACAAACUCCCUUUCUCAAUUUCUAGUUUGUCAAGUUCUCGGCCGUUUGAUUUACUUUAUAUGGAUGUUUGGGGUCCUUCUCCCAUCAUUUCUCAUGACGAUUAUUCCUAUUAUUUAGUCAUUGUUGAUCAUUUUUCUCGAUACACAUGGCUUUAUCCCCUUCGUCGUAAAUCCGAUGUUCAUCAAGUUUUCACUACUUUUAAAGCAAUGAUCGAGAAUUACUUUCAUACUACCGUUCGCCGUGUUUACAGUGAUGGCGGGGGUGAGUUUCAAAAGCUCUCAUCAUUCUUUCAAUUACAUGGCAUCACUCACCUCCUUACCCCGCCUCACACACCUCAACAUAAUGGCCUCGCUGAACGCAAACACAGACACAUUGUGGAAACCGGUCUUACUCUAUUGCAUACUGCUCAUCUUCCCCUGUCAUUCUGGACCUAUGCAUUCCGCACUGCCGCUUACCUCAUUAACCGUUUACCUUCCUCUUCCCUUCGUGGUGCAACUCCCUAUUUUACCUUGUUUAAUGAGCACCCCAAUUAUCUCAAACUUCGUGUGUUUGGCUGUGUUUGUUACCCAUGGCUCCGUCCGUACUCUCCCCAUAAACUAGCUCCUCGUUCCCGUCGCUGCAUUUUUCUUGGGUAUUCCCUCACCCAAAGUGAGUAUCAAUGCUUUGACCCCGACUCAAACCGCAUCUUUGCCUCCCGUCACGUCCAGUUCGAGGAAGAACUCCUUCCUGGCCUUCCUUCUCCCGUCCCCUCUACUUACUCCCCGCCAGCAUGGGUUGACUUCACCAAACCUCCCAUCUCCCAAUUUGUUUUUCAUUCCUCUCCCUCCCCCACACUCCCAGUACCCGACCCUACUGUUGCCUCCUCCGCGUCCCCAACUCCCGCAGCAGCCUCGCCGUCCCCAGCUCCUAGGCAUCUCCCCCGCGCCGCGUCCCCUGUUGCUACGACCUCUCAACCGAGUCAGCCGCCACCUCCGGCCAAGCCUGCCAACAGGCCCGUGACGCGAAGUCAGCACGGUAUAUUCUGUCCAAAGAAACUUUUCCUUACUCAGCUUCACUUUCUUGAUAUUGAACCCAGCUCGGUCAAGCAGGCGCUUGCUGACCCGCGUUGGCAGCAGGCUAUGUGGGCUGAAUAUAAGGCCCUUUUGGCUAAUCAAUCAUGGACUCUUAUUCCCCGUCCUCUACAUCAGCAUAUUGUCGGGUGUCGUUGGAUCUUUCGCAUUAAACGCCGCCCCGAUGGGUCUAUUGAUCGGUUCAAGGCCCGCCUCGUUGCCAAGGGAUACACACAGCGACCCGGCAUAGACUUCCAUGACACCUACAGCCCGGUUCUCAAACCGGUUACCAUUCGGACAAUAUUUUCUAUUGCUUUGACUAACCGUUGGCCUGUGUUUCAGUACGAUGUGAAUAAUGCAUUCUUGCAAGGCUCUCUUCAGGAAACAGUCUACAUGACACAGCCUCCUGGUUUUCGUGACCCGGCUCAUCCGGAUUAUGUCUGCUGUCUUACUCGGCCCAUCUAUGGCCUUCGCCAAGCUCCUCGAUCCUGGUAUAUGGAGCUGUCUGGUUUUCUUGAAGAUGAAGGUUUUGUGAAGUCCAAGUCUGAUGCCUCUCUUUUUGUCUACCACAAAGGCUCCGUCACUCUGUACUUCUUAGUGUACGUUGAUGAUCUUCUCUUAACGGGCAACCAUGCGCCCUCCUUGUCUCAAUUCCAGGCCCGACUCUCUGCUCGGUUCUCCCUCAAAAGCCUUGGUAAUGUCGGCUACUUCCUCGGAAUUGAGGUUCUCCCCACUGCUGAUGGCCUACUCCUUUCUCAACACAAGUUUGUGCUUGAUGUGCUUGCCCGCUUUGGAAUGUCCGAUGCUCGCCCUGCUCCCACUCCUCUGUCCGCCACAGCCAAGCUAGCUCUUGUUGAUGGCACUCCACCUGCUGAUAUAACUCUGUACAAGCAGGCCGUUGGCUCUCUCCAGUACUUGCUCUGUACUCGUCCUGACAUCGCCUUUGCCGUCAACAAACUCUCGCAGUUCAUGCAUGCCCCUACUCAGCUUCAUUGGCAGCAUGUUAAACGGCUAUUCCGCUAUUUACUAGGCACCUCUACUUAUGGCUUGCGCCUCACUUCGGCCGUGAAUCCAACCAUCACCGCCUUCGCCGAUUCUGACUGGGCGGGAGAUCCGACUGAUCGCACUUCCACAAUGGCCUACCUCAUCUACUAUGGUAAUAACCUCAUAUCAUGGAAAUCGAAGAAGCAACGGUCCGUUGCCCGUUCAAGCACAGAGGCCGAGUACCGCGCCCUCGCUCAUGCCACCUCCGAAAUUCUCUGGAUACGCAACCUGCUCAGCGAGCUUCAUCAGCCACUGUCCUCCUCCCCGACCCUGCACUGCGACAACCUUGGGGCUGUUCACUUUUCGGCUAAUCCGAUCCACCACUCCCGCAUGAAACAUCUAGCUCUUGACUACCUAUUUGUUCGUGAUUUGGUACAGUCAAAGGAACUCCACGUUCAGCAUAUUCCCACCUCCCAUCAGCUUGCCGACUCGCUUACUAAGCCGCUGCCCAUUACUCGCUACCAGCUCCUUCGGUCCAAGAUUGGUGUUGUUCCCGCCACCAUCUUGCGGGGGCGUGAUAAGGCCUCCCCAUAAUUGUAGUUACUUGUUGUUAUCAGCUGUAGUUAGUCACGUC